ACUGAAACUUUCCCAUUUCUUUGCCUUUUAACUUAAUUUCCCAAAUCGCUGGAGUUUCCACCUCCGCCUGAGCUUCGAUUAUUUCUUCCACUUUUCAACCAUAGUCCAAUAGGAGUGGGGAACUUUUUCUCUCGGUUGAUCAUCCGCUCCGGACGAUCCAUAGAGCCAUUUAGUUAUUGCUCCCUCGAUUAUGUAAAACUCUUAGUAUGAUUCAUUGAUCUAAAAAUCUUUUGAUUCUUAUGGCGACAACAAAGCUUUUCUUGUACAAUCACCUAAGCCACUCUCAUAAAGCCGCCUUUGCUGGGGUUUUCGUGAUUCUGUUGCCGGCUUUUGUUCCCAAUCUGUUUGGUCCUUUAGGUGGCGCUUCGCCUUUAAUGUUCUCUGAGUGGAAUGCUCCAAAACCGAUGCACGAAGCUCUAUUAGAGGGUGCGUUGCAGCGCCAAAUUUUUCAGUCUGUUGAUCAACAAAUCAGCCUCUGGUCUCCAUUAGCCAACCAAGGAUGGAAACCCUGUAGUGAGUCUCCGAAAUUGCCUUCAAAACCUGUAAAGUCUCAGGGUUAUAUCCAGGUUUUCCUUGAUGGAGGGCUGAACCAGCAGAAGAUGGGGAUAUGUGAUGCUGUUGCUGUUGCUAAAAUUUUGAAUGCAACACUGGUGAUCCCACAUUUUGAAGUGAAUCCUGUUUGGCAAGAUUCAAGUUCAUUUGCAGAAAUAUUUGACGUGGACCACUUCAUUAGUGCCCUCCAUGAUGAUAUAACUAUAGUGAAUGAGCUUCCUAGUGACUAUUCUUGGAGCACUCGGGAGUAUUAUGCCACAGGCAUAAGAGAUACCAGAAUAAAAACCGCUCCAGUUCAUGCUAAUGCUGACUGGUAUAUAGAAAAUGUCCUGCCUGUACUUAAGAGUUAUGGAAUUGCUGCUAUUGCACCAUUCUCUCACCGUUUGACUUUCAACAACUUGCCCCCAGACAUCCAGCAUCUUCGUUGUAAGGUCAACUUUGAGGCUUUGAUUUUUGUUCCUCAUAUCAGGGAAUUAGGAGAGACAAUUGUUCAUCGCCUCCGCUAUAAUCCUAGCGUAAACAAAGUAGCAGGGAAUAGGUAUAUGCUGGAGGGGGCUAAAAAAUCUGGAAAUCAGCAGAGUGGGAAGUUUGUUGUCUUGCAUCUGCGUUUUGACAAAGAUAUGGCUGCUCAUUCAGCCUGUGACUUUGGAGGUGGGAAAGCUGAAAAACUUGCUCUGUCUAAAUAUCGGCAGGUUAUUUGGCAAGGAAGAGUGUCAAAAUCUCAAUUUAGCGAUGAGGAGCUGAGAAACCAGGGCCGUUGCCCACUUACACCUGAAGAAAUAGGAUUGCUCUUGGCAGCUUUGGGGUUCAACAAUAAGACGCGGCUUUAUCUUGCAUCCCACAAGGUUUAUGGUGGCAAAGCUAGGAUAGCCACUUUAAGCAAAUUAUUUCCCCUAAUGGAAGAUAAGAAGAGCAUAGCCUCAGCUGGUGAACGCUCCAAGGUUGAAGGCAAGGCAUCUUUGUUAGCUGCUGUUGAUUAUUAUGUGAGCAUGCACAGUGAUAUCUUCAUUUCUGCUUCCCCAGGCAACAUGCACAAUGCUCUGGUGGGUCAUCGAGCUUAUUUGAAUCUCAAGACUAUCAGACCAAACAUGGCACUGCUGGGUCGGCUAUUUCAGAAUAAAAGCAUGGACUGGUUAGAAUUUCAACGUGCGGUUCUUGAUGGGCAUAAGAACAGACAAGGGCUUAUCAGAUUAAGGAAGGAGACGCAAUCAAUCUAUACUUAUCCUGCUCCUGAUUGCAUGUGUGGAGCUUGACGUGAACUGGUUUACCUCCAGCACUUGUAAAUUAAUCCAUAGUACUGCUCCAUGCGGUUUAUCCCUGUUCUGUGUUCACUAUUUAUCAUGCCACUCCGAGGUUUUGACCAACUGUUGCAGAAGAUUCGAGAUCUAAGUAAUAUUAUUUUUAUUUUUAUUUUUUU